AUGUUUUGGUUCUUUUUCCGAUCUAUAAACCGGAUGGCUAAUCAAUCAAAUCAACGAGCAAUUCAGCUCAUUUUACAAUAUGCAAAGCAAUUACGUACUAAAGUUCCUGGUGAUUUUGAUCCCAUAUUAUCGGCCAUUGGUGAUGCAAAAGUGGUGAUGAUUGGUGAAGCAAGUCAUGGCACGCAUGAAUUUUAUGAUAAUCGUGCUGAAUUAACAAAACGUUUAAUAAAAGAAAAGGGUUUCACUGUUUUGGCGUGUGAAGCAGAUUGGCCAUGUGCUUGGAAAGUGAAUCAAUGGGUAAAAGGAGUUUCGACAAAUGAAAAAAAUGCAGAAGAAGCUUUGGGAGAAUUUCUUCGUUUUCCACGUUGGAUGUGGCGAAAUAAAGUUGUUCAAGAAUUUAUUACUUGGUUAAAAGCUCACAAUGAAAUGGUAAAGGAUAGAAAACAAAAAACAGGAUUUUAUGGUAUUGAUCUAUAUAGUUUACAAGCGAGUAGAGACGAAGUGAUUAAAUAUUUAGAAAAAGUGGAUGGAGAGUUGGCUAAAAAAGCAAAAAAGAAUUAUGGCUGUUUCGAUCGUUAUCCAACAGAAGAGUCAUAUGGCUACAGUUCAGCCUUGGGAUUAUCUCUAGGUUGCGAAAAAGAAGCUAUUACAAUUCUGAAACAAAUGUUGGCUAAACACGCUAGUACAAUGGCUCAAAACAAGAGUCAAGAUGAUUAUGAUGAUUCGUUUUAUGCUAUGGAAAAUGCAAAAAUUGUUAAAGAAGCAGAAAAAUACUACCGACAUAUGUUUGAAGGUGGUGAAAUAACUUGGAAUAUCCGCGAUACCCAUAUGGUUGAAUGUUUGCAAGAUCUAUUAAAACAUAUUGGUGAUGGUGCAAAAGCUGUUAUUUGGGCGCAUAAUUCUCAUCUUGGUGAUGGUCGUGAAACAGAGUCUAAACGGUCAAAAGAAGUAAAUAUUGGACAGUUGGUACGUCAACGAUUUGGUUUAGAAAAUACGUUUAAUAUUGGUUUUACUACAUAUACGGGUUCAGUAACAGCUGCAGACAGUUGGGAUAUGGAUCCUGAAUUCAAACGUGUUAAACCAUCAUUGAAAGAUUCUCAUGAAUAUUUAUUACACGAAGCAUUAAUUACAAGUGAUACCAAAAAUGCAAAAUCCCACUUAGCUAGUAAUGGUCAAUAUUAUUUAUUAUUUCGUUCAAAUAGCAAACAACAAGAAGAUACUAAUAGUAUUUCAAAAGAACUGAAUGAUUUAUUACAUGAAAAACGAUUAGAACGAGCUAUUGGUGUUAUUUAUAGACCAAAUACAGAAAGACAAUCACAUUAUUUUGAUGCACAUUUAUCAACACAAUUUGAUUGUGUCAUUCAUAUUGAAACAACAACGGCCUUAGAACCAUUGGAAACACAUCCACAAUGGAUACAAGGCAAAACUGAUCAUGUACCGGACACGUUUCCAAUGAAUGUUUGA